UAACCAAAUUGGAUCAUUCUAAGUAUGUGGUGUAGCAGCAUCUGAGGCAACGGACUGAGCGUGAAAAGCAUGGGGACCGCUCGAGUUUAACCAAGUUUUAGCCGAAGUAGGCCCAGAUGAGAUCCCCGUGCUCUCCUGAAGUUCAUUCGCUUUUUUGGCGUUUUGUCCUCCUUUACAGACGCUCUCAAGUUGAGCUUUUAUCUGAGACGUAAUUCUUUAUCAAAAAAGAGGAUGUUCCACGGCGCUUGUUAUUUUUCUGCCAGAUAUUACGUAAUAAUGUGACUGAACUGGUUUUCCAUGUUAAGAUUUCUAUUUUACUAUUGUAAGGGAGUGUGUUGUGACAAGUGCAACAAAUCUAUUAAAUACAGCUGCGGAAAGCUGUUACGCCCCUUUUCUGCUAUUGUAAUAAAAUUUCUCCUGGGAAUUUUGUUAUUCUGUCAUGAUAAACAUUUGCAGUUUUACGGCCAAACUAUAUUAUAAAAUUGAUUGGACCGCUGCUGUUUGGUUGUAGCAUCUGUGGUGGCAGUUAAAGGCAUAAGGAAAUCUGAGAGGAUGAGUGGAGCCCAAGGACGGAGAAGGAAAAUUAAAACUGGAAAAUCAUUGGAUCUUAACUCCUUCAGUGUGGAUGUUGCUGAAGAAAUCAAGGAACUAUUCAAAAAAAAGACCAAAUACAAUAAACCGCGGUCAGAGGGCUGGUGCAUUCCAGAUCCCAGUGAGUCAUUUACGCACACCGCCCAGCAACAUGGCUGCUUGCAAGCUCUGAAGAAUUCCUUAAAUGCUGUCAAGAACCAGCUAAGUGACAAAAACCUGGAGGUGUGGCACCAGCACACGUCCUUCACCAAUAGAGCUGGUAAGAUAAUAGCCCAGGUACGUGUCACUGCUAAUGCAGAAAUCUGCACCCAGGCGUGGUGCAAGUUUUAUGAGAUCUUGUGCAAUUUUCAUCCGAUCCCUGACAAGGUCCUACAGUGUGGGGAGCUGAAUUCCGUGCACCUCUGUGAAGCUCCGGGCGCUUUCAUUGCCAGUCUUAACCACUACCUGAAAACCAGCUCCUCUUUCUGUGACUGGCAAUGGAUCGCCAACACCCUGAACCCUUAUCACGAAGGCAAUUCCACUAGCACCAUGAUUACAGAUGAUCGCUUGAUUAUCAACACGCUACCCUGGUGGUUUUUUGGUAGUGAUAAUACUGGAGAUAUAAUGCUGCAGAAGCAUCUGCUUGAGCUGCAGCAUUUGACCAGAAACAUGUCCACCAUUGAUCUGGUCACGGCAGAUGGAAGCUUUGACUGUCAGGGAAGCCCAGAUGAGCAGGAAGCUGUGGUGGCCCCACUGCACUACUGUGAGACGGUAGCUGCGCUGCUUCUGCUUGGAGAGGGAGGCUCGUUUGUCCUAAAGAUGUUCACGCUCUAUGAACACUCUUCUGUCUGCUUGCUCUACUUACUGAAUUGUUGCUUCCGCGAGGUUAAUGUUUUCAAGCCAGCCACCAGCAAGGCUGGCAACUCAGAGGUUUACGUCGUCUGCUUGGACUACUGCAACAAAGAAGCUGUGAGACCCUUGCUGUCUAAAAUGAUCCGGAAUUUCGGCCCUGAUAUCACCAGCCUGGGAGCGCUCUUCCCCCACACUCUCAUUCCAGAGUCUUUCCUCACACAGCAUGAAAAUGUCUGCAAGUACUUUCAUAAGCACCAGGUUCAAACGAUUAAGGAAAACCUGCAAUUGUUCCAAGCUAUGAGUGCCAAACAGCAACAGAGACUGGAACAAUUGAGAGACUGCGCGGUGGAGUUUUACCUCUGUCAGUUUCGAGUGCAGUACCUCCAGCGAAGCAAGUGGAUCUCAAAAAAUAUAAUCCCAGGCUGUGCUGUGAAUUGCAAACUUUUUGGUCCUAGAAAGCAGGCGGCAUCCUUUAAUGAAAGGAAAGAACAGCAGUCCAUGACUUGGAGGGAGAAGGUUCUAAAGGGCUGUUACAGGGAGGAGGCUGAAGAACACGCCUUGCAGGGAAUGGGAACAGACUGUGUGCUUGAAGGACCAGCAAGAGACUGUGACAUGAAUAAUUGGUACAUCUUGGUCGGUCCACAGUUGACUACAAUCAAGAGCACCCCCUUUUGUGACUUGGAACUGCUGAGCCAUUUAAACGAAGCUCUGGAGCAGUCAGAGUUGGGAAAGUGUGGAUCUGCGGGGCCGCUUGUACGACCUUGCAGCUCUUGCACGGCUCUAAUGCCUUCCUCCAUCCUUUCUGAGGUGCUGGAAUGCAGUCAGCCGGACAAUAGCGCGUGUAGGCAGGGGUGUCGGUGUGUGGUUGUGGGGAGCUCAUCCUUGCUUAGCCAUGUACCAGAGAUGGACAAGACAUUAGUGAAGAUCACGCUGGAGCCCCCUUGCCGCACAUUGCAUCAGAGAACACUCCAUGAUGGUGAACCACGAUAUCAGCAUGCAUUUCUUACCCGCAUUUUGCUUGCGCUCCAAAGGCUUCAAGCGGGGGGAUCCUUAGUGCUGCCUAUCCUCUCUGCCUUCACACGGGUCACAGCAGGGCUGGUCCUUGCCUUGCAUCAGUGCUUCCGCUCUGUCACGUUCAGGUGCCCCAUAUCCUCUGAUGCCCUGGGCCCUGUUGCCAUGCUGCUGUGCAUUGACUACCAACAACAGCCCAACGGUCAACUACUGACCUUCCUGGAAGACAUGCAGUGCCAGAUGUCCACUUUCCAAGAGCCUGACAGCCAGGCAUCCCAGAUCCUGCAGUUUGUGCCAAUGGAGGUUCUUCUAAAAGGGGCACUGCCAGAGUUUCUGUGGAACAUGAACACGACCAUUGCAAGAUAUAAGCUGCACCUGCUGAUGGAGGCUGAGCAGAGGUUGCUGAUGCAAAAGAGCCAGAUCCAGUGACUGAUGUUAGCACCUGAAACUUUGUAUUGGCGCUCAGUCAAGAUUAAUCAUGUUUACCAUAAAUGGCAGUUUGCCUGCUAUGCGGAAAAAUAGAAAUAUAUUUUGAAUUAUGAGUCCUUUAUAUACGUGACUGGAGGAAAUUUGUCUUUGUAAAAUUGACUGUUUUUAAAAAAACAGUCUUCUUUUGUAUGGUGCAUUUUUAUUUGAGACUUCUCAGUUCUCACUGUUUGGAAUGCCAAACCUUACUACUGAAUACAGACGAAAUGUGAUUUAUGUUGUUACAGGUCAUUGGGGAGGGUGAGUUCUAUUUCUUUUCUUUUGAGACGUAAAUACCAAAAAACGACCAAAAAAGUGGUUCAAAAGUCAAAUACCAUCAUUUGAAAACAGUGGAUGCCUCAUUUUGUCUGUGUUAUUAGGUCGAAUUCAUAUAUAUAUACAUGCAUUUACAGUUUUUUUUUUUUUUAUUUUUUUUUAUUUUAACAAAUCCAAUUUUGUCUUUGAAAGGUUUUUCAUUUGAAAUCUAGAUUUAUUUACUAUUUUUAUUUAUUUACUUUACCUAUUUUAUGCAACAGUCUAAGAUGGGAUUAAAUAGUUACAUAUGUUUUCAUGUUUUUUUUAAUGACAGUUGAUCUGAAGGUUUUAUUUUAUGAGAAAUGUCUAACAAGCAGUGAAAUAUACAAGCGCUGUCGUGUGUGUGUUUUUGUUCUAUCGAGUUUAAGUAAAUGAAUGUUUAACUUAAACUGGAAGAUUAACACGUGAAGUGAAUGGCAGGGGAAAGGUAGCUAUUCUCUAUGACAUUUAAAGUACGUAAUAUCAGUUAUUGGCAGGUAGUGAGCUCUUGCUUCAGAAUUUUUCACCUUUUUGUUUCCUGCCUGUUGGUUCAAAGAUUAAGGAUUUGAUAGAAACAAAGAAAUGCAAGCAUUUUGAUGAGCAAGUACGUGUAUUGGCAAGGUGGAUUGCAUCAUGAAGUGCAGCGUGGAAUUGGUUUUGACAAUUGGUUGUGAGAGAGGCCUGGAACAUUCCACUGCUGUAGAGGCAUACAGUAUGGGAUCAGCCUUAUUAAACGUUAAAUAAUACAUGCAUAAACAGGCUCAUUGUGUUCAGAAAAAAAAGAAAGUUAUGGGUGAAUUUCAGUUGAUUAUAUUAAAAGUGAAGCAGUGUUUUGGUUCUUUAUAGCUUUUUUGUUUGCCAUUUGCAAAUAAAAUAUGCAAGUAAAACUU